AAAAAUGAAUGAACAAGACCGCAUCCAAUAAUCAAGAUUCCUUGUUUAAUGAAGAAAAACUUAGAAAUAUUAUUCAAAUUCAAUUUCCAAAAUAAAUCAGAGCCCAACAAAAUCACACCUCAAUUAUUGGAAAUUUGUAACUGAAGCUAAAUUUUUGGCAAGAGACCUAUCAAUCCAAAUCAUUGUACCCAAAGUGCGAUCCACCGAAACAAAACAUCUGAUAAAUGGGACCCACCAUCCAGACCCAAACUAAGGAAGGGGCCGACCUUACCUCUAUUAUUGGACCCCACAUCACAAACCUCGAUGAAGCCCUAGCUCGACACGUCAACUAAACUUUCACGUCGAGACAAAUCCCACCCCACCCCUUUUCCCCUCACCUUUAAAUAGAGGCUUUCCUUUCCUUGAUGUGGGGUCACCAGAAUCCCACACCGCCUAAAUUCGCCUAAAUACCGUCUUCUUUAAACCCUAAGCCUCCCUUCCAUGGGCUCUGAAAUGGCGCUACACAAAUCCCCCAACACCGCCAACCACGACCACCACAACUCGAACAUUAACUCGGUGGUCACUAACGAGUCUUCUCCCAGGAGCCAACUCGCUCUUCCUACUCGGAAACCCGUUUCUUCGCUUUCUAAAGACCGUCACACCAAAGUGAAUGGCCGUGGUCGUCGUGUUCGGAUGCCGGCACUUUGCGCGGCCCGGAUCUUCCAGCUGACUAGAGAACUUGGCCACCGUUCCGACGGCGAGACCAUUGAGUGGCUGCUCCGUCAAGCUGAGCCCUCUAUCAUUGCUGCUACCGGGUCCGGCAUCGUCCCUGCAGCCCACGAAAUCUCAUGUGCCUCCGGACCCACAACGGCUUCCGCUUCUUCGCCUUCGGUGUCAUGUCAAGUGCAACCAGUAGGGGUUGGUAGCGGCGGCGUAGUGGCGGGGAUGUAUACCAUGACGGUGCCACCGCCGAGUUGCCGAUUGGACUUGUGCCAACCAAUGGGGUUUCAGUAUUCAGCUGUAGGAAGAAAUAGGUAUCAACACAUGCCGUUUACAGCGUUGCUGUUGCAGCCGGCGGCGGAGGAGGAGGUGGAGGAGGAGCAGGUGGAAGAAGAGAAAGAAGAGAUCAGGCAUCAUGAAUAGAGAUGGGAAAAGAAAAGAUGAGCCAUCAGCCAUAUAUAUAAUCCUUAUUGUUGGGUAGUAUUUUCAUUUUAGUUUAGAUUUUAGAGUUUCUGGUGAUGAGUGUUUGAACUUAUUAGCUAGAAUUCCGCUCUUUUUUAUUUUUUCUUCUUUCCUCCUUGUAAAUUUUCUAGAAUGGAAAUGAAAUAUUUCGAGUUUUUUAUGGUUUUUUUUUAUUUGUUUUGAGAGUGCCUUUGAAGUGACAGGAAAGAAAUGGAGGAAAUGUAAGAUUUGCAGGAGCAUAGAAAUGACAGUCAAUUUAGGGGUUGACGAAUUUUUGGGUUUUUAAAAGAAAGUUGGUCUUCUUCAAAAGAUUGACCCACCUGGCUAAGCACUCAACCUUCCGUAAAGAAGGACAGAGGACUAAAACUGUUCUCAGCCUGGUCUUGUCAAUGGUUGAUCAGUCACAUUUGACCAAUUCAAACAGAGAACACUUUCUUUUUUUUUUUCAAUUUCUGGAAAGUUAAAAUUGAGAAUAAACUUAACAGCUAGUAAAUUUCUCAAAUACUGAGAUUCAUUAUGUUUGAAUCAAUAAAGAAUAAGUACGAAUAACAGAUAUAUUCCUGCUUGAUUUCUUUCGUGUAUGCAAAAAAUGGAGCUCUGAAUGCCUGUAACAUUCAAGGGAAGGUACCCCCCCCCCCAAAAAAAAAAA